AGUCAAUAGAGGGAGCGAAGGACAAGUUACCGCGCUAUACAAAACAGUGAAACACCCAAACAAAAUUGCUUCCAAAAUAUUUCUUCCUUUCUUGGAUGCAUAAAACUUCAAUCAGAUUCUAGAUUUUAAUCAAGUCGAUUAUAAAAUGGGGUGUCUAGCAGUGUUCAGCGCUCUAAUUCUCCCCGAGCCAUGGCAAUCGUCCCUCAAUUUCACCUCAUGUUCGUUACCUUCGGUUUCCCCCAACUUACGAUGUGGCUGUCGAAUCGCAACGAGGGUUCGCGAUUUCAAUUUCCGAAGACGAGGUUAUCAUCAGCUCAAUUGCUCUCAUAACGAAAACCCAUCAUCUUCAUCUAUGGAGAAUGAACAGGAGCCCCCUCAAGAAGCUAUUCUCAAGGCCAUUUCAGAACUUUCAAAGGCUAAAGGAAGAGUAGGAAAAACUACUAACAUGGUUCUUGGAGGAACGAUCACCAAUGACUCCACCUAUGAGUCUCUCAGUCUGAAUAAAAUGCUAAACAUAUACCCAGCUGCUCGAGGAUUUACAGCCAUUGGAUCAGGAGGUGAUGAUUUUGUGCAAUCCAUGGUUGUUGCUGUUGAGUCUGUAAUUCAACAUCCAAUCCCACAGGGAAGGGUGAAGCAGAAAUUAUCAUCAGGUGGGAAAUAUGUCUCUGUAAACAUUGGACCUGUUCAGAUUGUUUCUAGCAAACAGGUUCAAGCUGUAUACUAUGCUAUGAGGAGAGAUGAUCGAAUGAGAUACUUUCUGUAGGUGGUGUAUAUAAUGUCUCUUUGUACCCGAUGAAUAUUGUUUGAUCAAAAAACAUUUGUAAACGAGAAUGAUUGUGUAAUUCAUGGAUUAGCAGAUUAGGUUGUGGUGUAAUCGCGUAAGUAUUGUUUGAAUUAUGACUUUAGAAGUUCUUGAUUAUAUUAUAUGGAUUCAGUUUCUAUGGA